CGGCUAACGCGCAACCCAGGAACAGGAGCCGAGAAUGAGCUGGACUCAGCGUUCGAGCCCCUCGCUGCACCAUUUGCUCAUGGGGGACUUCGUAUAAGAUUAGGUGCGCGCCAGGGAAGGGCGCCUCACCUUCUCCUCGUCGCUCUUUGUCGAGAAGCGGUCGUGUCUGUCGCUCGUUACCUUUUUAAUACUUAAUUUCUUGUCACUUCUCGGAAAGAUGAGGCUCCUGUGGCUUGUUUCGGUGCCCCUCGUUAGCGCGCGUGUGGUUAGGAUCCAGCAACAGAGCCUGACCGAGGAGGUGGAAAAUGCUGGGAGGGCGAUCGGGAUCCAUUUUACGAAUUCGCACGCGACCGCUGCUGUUCGGUAUGAGAAUGGCACCGUGGAGGAUUUGGCUCGAGUCGCGGGAGAUGCAAAUUAUAUUGCACUAAUGACGCGUUGGUCCAAGAAAUGUGCACCGUCAGAGAGCCUUCGAUGCCGCAUGCAGAGGGAAGCACGCCAAAGACAUGCGGACCUCAGACAGCCACUUGGCGUUGAUGCGACCAUUCUGUCUUCAAUGCUGCGACAAGUAAAGACUGUUAUCGAAGACAAGCUUGAAUCCGCGAUCACGAACGUCCUGCCCGUCUUCCCGCCGCUUGCUGCUCUCAACGAAGAGCAUAUCGAGGAGGCAUUCGAGCAUGCCGGUCUCACGUGGCUGCAUGCCCGGCAACAGGAGGAGCAGAUACUAUACGAGACGAACGCUGCGUACGCCGGAUUGGGAUACAGCCUCUGCGAGUUCGGAGCAGACGGCUCGCAGUGUGCGAGGGAGGAAAACGAGUUGAAAUCCCAGCACGUUCUCUUCCUCAACUUCGAUAAUACCACCUUCAGCGCAACGCUCCAGAAUAUGAAGAACGCGUACCAACAACAAAUAUCAGCGACCUUUCUCGAUACGACUCUCGGAUGGUGGAACCUCCCCGUCUACGACGAGCCGAGACUUGCCUUCUGGGCGAGGAUCGAAGCGAUUGUGUUUGCUGUUGGGAAUGCGAUACAACAGCCACCCAAUAAGAUCAUUCUGAUGGGCGAGCAUGGCGGAGACCAGGAGUUCGUGGAGGUUGUGGAAGCGGCACUGUGGGAGCUCUUCGAGUAUGACGCGUCCUUGCUCAUGGAGGCAAAUGCAGACGUGAACAGUGCAACGUUGGCUGCAAGAGGGGCAGCUGAAUUGGCCUUCCGGGCUGGGGGCUGGAAUGAAGGGGCGACUCACGCUUCUCUAGAUGCUGAGAGCAUUGAGCUGUAAUGAUGCGUAAUGCUUGGAGGGCGGCUUUCCUACCUAUUGAGAUACCCACGACAUAUCAUAUUCCUAAUGAAGAUCCCGUGCAUCGGGUGACGAAACUCCCACACGUUCCUAAAACCAUGGGAUUGAAGAUGUUGUUGCAUAGUAGGGCGCUGUAUACGAAAUGUCCCAGAUACGUCUCUUUCCCGGACUAGAAAUCGUGCGAAAACUUGACGUUUUCCUUGACAAACCGAUAGUCCCACUCUCAAAUAUAGCGGAACAUAUUGUUCUUCACACUUCUCUUCAUCGAUACCGGUUGACCAUCUUCAUACUCAACACCGGAC